AGUUUCUCUUUAGAUGACAAUAAGCACAAACUGUGUCCAAUGACGGAUGGAAAGAAGGAAGGAAGGAUGUCAGAUGAGCAAUUUCGCAUAUUAAGCGAGACAUUAUAUUGCUUGACGCCACGUUUGAAACAAGAUGUUCAUCAAGUUGAAUCAAAAGGCAGUUUUAGCAAUUGUCCGGACAGCUUCUCGGGAUAUCGGGAGUUUGAAGACGUGGAAGAGUUUAUAGAUGCGAUAGAAACGUAUAAAAAUAUGGAACAAAUUACGAAUGAAGAUGCUUUAAAAGGUUUACCGCUAUUAUUGCACGAUUUAGCAUUCAUAUGGUGGAAGGGGAUACAUCGCGAAUUCAAAACAUGGGAAAAUGCUAUGACUUUGUUACGUGAAAAUUUCUCACCUAUCAAACCUGCUUAUCAAAUCUAUAAGGAAUUCUUUGAAACAAAACAAACCGAGUAUCAAUCUAUCCAUACUUUUGUGCUGCAGAAACGUGCUCUCUUAGCUAAACUACCGGAAGGGACGCUCGACAAGCAAACUGAAAUUGAUUUUAUUUAUGGUUUAUUAAAUUUUAAGUUUCGUCAACAUAUACCGCGAAAUAAAAUUAAAUCAAUUAAAGAUCUGCUUGAUAAAGGAAAACGCAUUGAAAGAUAUUAAAUUAAAUAUUU